CUUAACAGUGACUCGCCCUUGUUCCUGUCACUCAACAGUGACUCAAGUCUUAGGCCUCUCUCCCUGGCAUCAGUCAGCUUUGGUUUCCCUGCAAAACCUUUUCUCCAGUAGUGAUUUACAACCCUUGGGUUUGUAAUCAGACAUAGGACCUGUCAGCCACAGCCCCUUGGAUCCGUCCAGGAUGAAGCUGAGCCUGUGAGGUCUGUGUCCUUGGAUUCUAGUCUCCACACCUCACAGAAGCAGGAACUGUUGAGAAUCAGUGUUACAAGUUACUCUGAUUUUAAAAGGGGGACGGGAAGCCCCAAAUCAGGCUUUUAGAAACUACUAGAUUUCAUCCUAUGUUCACCUGGGACAAGCUGGCCUUUGUCUCAGGAGGACAUGGCACUGUGCUUUGUAGACAUAAAAGAGCUUCACAGGGCCAGGACAAACUCCUUGCACUCCAGCAAAAUCAGAUCUUUUGAGUCUUGAGUUUGUGGAUUAUUUGAUCAGUGAAUGAAUGAGGACUCCUCCUUCUUCCUCCUUUUUGAGAAAAGGUCUCACAAUUUUAGUCCCAGCUGUCCUGGAACUUGCUAAAUAGGCCAGGCUGGCCUCAAACUCAGAGAUCCCCCACCUCAUCUGUCUCCCAAGUGCUGGGAUUAAGGGUGUAUGCUACCACAUGUAGCUAGAAAGGGAACUUUUUAAGAAUUAGGAGGUUUUUCUCACUAAGAUGAUCUCCAGUGCAACCCCUUAAAUGACAUCCUAAGAACAAGCUAAAUGGGCAGCCUAUCCCUAAUGGUUCCCAUGCAUUGGAGAUCCAGAGAGAGAAAGACUUUGUGGGUAUUUAGGAAAUGCAGACACAAGCAGAGGUCUCCUCUACUUCCUGGUCCUAGUCAUUCAACCUUGACCAUUUUGGUCUCCUGCCAUGAGGGCUCCUCAAAUGCUGUUUCCCACAGUCAGUCACAGCCAAAAAUACCCUAGGGUGGAGCUCCCCGCUCUUCCCCCAUUGCACUUCAGGGUAGUCCUAAGGAGCCUGUCCUGGUUUCUUCUCCUUUCAGAGACCAACACUAGGUUCGUCCUCACCAGCCUUGCACAGCUGGUACCCACAACACUGCUGCACUCCCAUCUCUGUCCCUGACACCUGAGCGUUUCUGAUGUUCCCCUUUCACACAUUCUGCAGACCAGUCAGCCUGUCCAUUCAGGCUUGGGCCUCUCAUGGUUAUCGUCUUGUUUGCUGCUAGAGACAGAAUGCUUUCCCCACUCUAUCGCAAAGGCAUCGGGUUUUUACAUAUGCUCUGUCAUUCUGGGUUUGAACUAGACCUGCAUCCUUUAUGUCCUGCAGAUGGACAUUAACCCACAAGGUGGCACUAGGCAGCCUGUCAGGCACCUUGUAUUCACCACAGUGAGGAAUAGGGUAGGGGGUAUGUCUUGAUUCCUGUGGUCACUGACAGGGUAAGAAUGUGCCAAACUGUACCUGAAAUACUGUUUUCUGGCUGAGAUAUAAAAAUUGAGGAGCCUUGUCUUUCUCCUGUCUCCAGCUACAAACCAAAGGCAUCCUUUGGCCCAUGUUAUCCCUAGGGACAUUACCAGCCGGCCAGCCGAAUGGGUCUUAGCUCAGCUUCCCAUCUACCUGAGGCCUCUCAAAGCUUUGAAGCCAUCUGGAGUCAAACAGAAAUACCAGGAAACUGAUGGGAAAUGCUCCUGGGAGCCCUGAGUGCUGUGCUGGGGGCUGUGAGUUCCCCCGUCAUGAAGGGCCCUUUGAUUGCAGAUGGCUUCCAUGGCACAUUUUAUAUUUCCUUUCUUGUAGCCUUUGCUUCUGUGGAUUAUUUACAAGAACCAUGUGAGUUUUUGUUCUUUGGCAUUUCUUGGCUUAAACAUCACCUGGAUGUGUUUGAAGUCCUUCCCAUUUUUCCAUAGCUGGUCUUGAGAUCAGCUCUGGGCUGAGGUGUUUCUUGGCAGCCAUCCCUGCUCUUCAGCCCAGCUUUGGAGGACGACAGUGACUCCUCUGCAGCUCUAGUGAAUGCCAUCCUGAGUUCAUCCCAUGGGUACUAUUGGGGCAGCUUCAGUGGAAAGUACUGUAAGCUAGGUCAGGAAUAGAAUGCAAAGUAGGGCUCUUGGUCUCAAGGCUUCUUAGACUUGUGGGUUGGCAGUGUUAGGGCUGAGCUUCAGGGAGACCCCAAGUCUCACUUUGGACAGUGGGCUUUGCUUGCAGGCAGUGAGGCCUAGUUCUGGAAAUUACCCCAACACAUUGUCUUUGUACAUUCUGCCGUAUGAAAUUGGAAGGGAUGGGGUGUGUGUGCGCCCACAGAUUGGGAGGCCUCACAAGGUCUGAUGCUGGUGUCUAUUCAGCUUUCAGCCUCACAGAGUGCCUAUCUGUUGCCUUCCUCUGCUCUGCUGAGCCUCAUGGUCAUGUGUUGCCUGGUUCUUUUGCAGGAGAUGCCCAAUGGGGACCCUAAGGAGGGGCCUUUCUGGGAGGACAAGGGCUCUCUAGAAGUUGUGCUGCCCCCUGAGAAGUCUGAGGGCCAUGAGGGUCAGGGACAGCUCUUCAGCAUGGACGAUGGGGAGAAGGCAGCAAGCCAUGAGGGCCCACUAAGAGUCAACAAGAAGCACUUGAACAUUGAUGCCCUGCAGUGUGAUGUCUCAGUGGAAGAAGACAACCGCCAAGAGUGGACAUUCACAUUGUAUGACUUUGACAACAGUGGGAAAGUCACCAGAGAGGACAUGUCCAGCCUGAUGCACACCAUCUAUGAGGUUGUUGACGCCUCUGUAAAUCACUCCUCGGGCAGCAGCAAGACCCUCCGAGUGAAACUAACUGUCAGCCCCGAGCCCUCCAGCAAGAAGAAGGAAUGUUCCCCCACUGGCCAAGACCGGGAGCCCACUCGUGGCAGAACAGAGAGUGAGCUCACUGAGGAUUCCCGGGUAGCUGACAGAAGGCUCUCUGCCUACAGCAGGAAACCCAAUGCUGAUUCCCAGCCCUGCCCUGUGCGAGUACCCUACUGUGUGGAUGAGAACACAGAGCGUAGAAACCACUACCUAGACCUUGCCGGCAUCGAGAACUACACAUCUAAGUUUGGUCCUGGGUCACCACCUGAGCAGGCCAGGCAAGAACAUCAUGGCAGGGCUGCACACAUUCCAAGCAGGUCCCGAUCACAGGAGUCGGAUGCCCACGCUAUACACCACCGCAGGUCCCAGGUCCUGGCUGACCAUGUCAUACCAACUAAUGAGCCGGCUAUCCGGGCCCUGGCUGCGCAGCCCCGGCUCAAGGGGCAGGAGAAGCAGUUCCUCAGGUCUCCCAAGGGUCCAGGAAAACCUCUUGGGACGCCAGGCAGCAGCAAGCCAGGGAAAACGCUCAGCUAUUGCCUGCAGGCUGUCCCGCUGCCCCAGGGUGCUCAGGAUGGCCACCACCUGCCACAGCCCCCGCCACAGCCCCCACCACAGCCCUAUGGUCACAAGCGGUACCGGCAGAAGAGCAGAGAAGGCCACUCACCACUCAAGGGACACAGUCAGCCUACCAUGGUGGAACAUGAAGUAGUACGGGACCUGCCUGCCAUGUUGGGGCCUGAGGGCUACAUGAUGCCUGUGGUCCAGAGGCACGAACACCACCAUCACCAUGAACACCACCACCACCAUCACCACCACCACUUCCACCCAUCCUAGCACCCAAAAACAAGUACUCUGCCCACAUGCCCUCAGGGACACAGCAGGUGCUGGCAUGUGCCCAGCGGAGAGUACAGCAUUCCCUGGCCCCAUACCCAGCUGCAGAUGUCAAGUGGGUACCAGGGAGGUGGCACCAGGCUGGAUAUCAUGGACAAAGCCUUCCUUCCCCAUGUCAUUUUUUUGAUCCAGCUGAUAACACCCAUGAACGAGUGCUCCCAUGUGAUCCAGAAAGCCCACACAGGAGGCCAGAAAAAUAUCUCUUACUUAUGUUGUGUGUGCAGUGUGGUCCUGGGAUGGUCAAGGGACUAUGCCUAUACAUUCUUCAUAUCCUUGUGGUUCUUUGACCUUUGGGUGUCCUGGAUUGUUCCUGGCACAAGGCCAGGAGCAAAUGGAAAUGGUAAAGCUUUCUGUGAGGUUUAUUCAUUGUCAGGAUCAGCAGGCUGGGCUUGGGAAGUGGUUCUUCAGUGCGCCAUGACAUUAAGCAAAGCAAAACAAAGAGGUCAGAGUAUCAGCAAAUGUGCAGGGGGGCAGGAAGCUCGAGGCUUGGUCUCUUGAGCUUCCAGCAUCCUGGGUGGAUGAAGACAGGACCCAGGUUGGGGUGGGAUGGGUCAGUACCAUGCUGGAAGCCCUCACCUAGGCUGUGCUGACACUUACGUGGCCCCUCUGCAAGGCUGUGGGAACCUCAAUAAGCCCUGGUCCUUUGGCUCCACUGAAAUAGGACACUGAAGGAGAAUUUUUGCUUGUUGUGAGUUUGUGCAGGUGGCAUUAUGCCUUCUAGCAUAAUAAGAAAUUGUACAUUCUGUAACACGCCAUACCUUGUAUUAAAAGACUUUUCUGAGAGCUGUGGUCAGUCUACCUAUGCCUUGUAGCUGCCGGUAAAGAUGAUAUGUACAUGUUUGUAAACGGGUGAGUGCUAUAGAAUAACCUUGGCUAAUUUGGUUGAUGCACACAAUCCUUCUAAGUUAUUUUUGGAUUGGUCUAAGAAAAACCAGAACUCUUAACCCAGAAUUCAGCUCACACGGACAGGAACACCGGGCCCCAUAUCCGAUACAUGGCCACAGCUUACAGUCUGUUGAGAAGCAAGACCUUAUCCUCUCUCCUUAAACACUAAGUUCUAUGCAAUUCCUGAAGAUCUGAGUUUGCUGUCUCCUGUGAGCUGACCAGCAUACAUAGGGAGACCCGGGGACUAUUAACUCAUAGAAGGCUGUUGCUAGUCUCUUCACAGCUGGAAACCACAAAAAUGCUCCUGAAUUCCAAAAUGACUAGUGUCAUUUCCUUACAAUAUGACUAAAGUCCCUGUGUCAUGGAUGUAGAGAUGGUACACACGUAUGGCUCCAUCACCCACACCAGGGCAGAGGGACUGGGCAGGAAUCGUCAUGGCCACCCAGCCUGUCUCUCAGAAUACAGCAUUAAGAGGUCUUUCCAGGAUGAGAGACAUCACACAGGUUGUCACUGAUAACACCUUGGGCCAUGGUUCAGCUCAGCACCUAGGAAGUGGGGAGAUUCUGACAAGUCUGACCUUAGGUAGAAGUCCUAACAAGCUCAUGGCAGGGGGCCAAGCAUCUGCCACUAUGUGAACAUUAAGAAGAGUCAGCGCUGCUCCAGCCAGCUGAGGGACCAGGCCUUAGACAGCAGGGUCCUCGGUACCAGUGCUGCAGGUGUGAGGCUUAAAGAGAUGGGAAAGCAUUUGUGAAUGAAACAAGAACAAAAGCAAAGCCAGACCAUUUAGUUAGGUGUGGCAGUGCAUGCUACAAUUCAAGACCAAGAUUGGACUAUAUAGUGAGAUACCUCCCCCAACCCCAAUGGCUUGUGUCCUCCAACAGUUACCCACUGUAGACAUGGUCACUAGUGUCUGCACAUGUAGAUAAGGACAGUGGGUCUGUGAGAUGCAGUAACUUGGCCUGGGUUGACUCAGGGACUCCACUGACUGCCUAGAAGUAAAACUGCAAUGCUGCAAGAAGAGACAGAGGCAAGACAGCCAGAAGCUUCGAUGGUUAGUCUACGCUGUGCUGUGUGCCAGGAAGCUGUCUACAUGGAAGUUGGUAGUACCUGGCCAACAGAAAAGGGUAGCUGGGGAGGGCUGGGGAGAUGGCUCAGUGGUUAAGAGCACUGGCUGCUCUUUCAGGGGACCAUGGUUCAAUUCCCAGCAA